AUGCUCUCUCUCAGAUCAGCUGCUGCCCGCACUUUUGCUAGACGCUCUCCUGUCGCUACCUCCCAAAGAAGCUUCCUCCAAACUAGAAUCAUGGCUUACUCUACCAUCAACACAAACAAUGUCCGCCCUGAACCCGAUCAGGUUCUCCAGGACAUUGCCGACUACAUCCACAACUACAAGAUCGACUCCCCCGUCGCUUACGAAACUGCCCGUCUCUGUCUUCUUGAUACCCUCGGAUGCGGUCUUGAGGGCCUCAAGUACCAACAGUGUGCUAACCUCAUUGGCCCCGUCGUCCCUGGUACCGUUGUCCCCAGCGGUACCAAGGUCCCCGGUACUGACUACCAACUCGACCCUGUUCGUGGUGCCUUCUCCAUCGGUACCAUCAUCAGAUGGCUCGAUUACAAUGACUGCUGGCUUGCUGCCGAGUGGGGCCACCCCUCCGAUAACCUCGGUGGUAUCCUCGCCGUUGCUGACUGGCUCACCCGUACCGCCAAGGCUGGCGGUGAGGGCAAGGUCUUCAAGGUCAAGGAUGUCCUUGAGGGUAUGAUCAAGGCCCACGAGAUUCAAGGUUGCAUUGCCCUCGAGAACUCUUUCAACAAGGUCGGUCUUGACCACGUUGUCCUUGUUAAGGUCGCCACUACCGCUGUCGUUUCCAAGAUGCUUGGUCUCGACCGUCAACAGACCAUUGAUGCCCUUUCCCAGGCCUUUGUCGAUGGUCAAUCCCUUAGAACUUACCGUCACGCUCCUAACACCAUGUCCCGCAAGUCUUGGGCCGCUGGUGAUGCUGUUUCCAGAGCUGUUAACCUUGCUCUUCACGUCAAGCGCGGUGAGCAGGGCAUGCCCUCCAUCUUGACCGCCAAGACCUGGGGUUUCUACGAUGUUCUCUUCAAGGGCCAGCCCUUCAAGUUCCAGCGCCCCUACGGCUCUUACGUCAUGGAGAAUGUUCUCUUCAAGAUCUCUUUCCCUGCUGAGUUCCACGCCCAGACUGCUGCUGAGGCUGCCAUGACCCUCCACCAGACCCUCAAGUCCAAGGGUCUUACUUCUGAUGACAUUGCUUCCAUCAAGGUCCGCACCCAGGAGGCUGCUAUGCGCAUCAUUGACAAGACUGGUCCUCUUUACAACUAUGCUGACCGUGACCACACUCUCCAGUACAUGGUUGCUAUUCCUCUCAUCUACGGCCGUCUUACUGCUGACGACUACAGUGAUGCCGUUGCCGCUGACCCCCGCAUUGACGAGCUCCGUGCCAAGAUGACUCUUGUCGAGGAUCCUCGCUUCACUGAGGAGUACCACGCUCCUGAUAAGAGAUACAUUGGCAAUGCCAUCAAGAUUACCCUUAAGGACGGUACUGAGCUUGAUGAGGUCGAGGUUAACUACCCCAUUGGCCACCGCAAGCGUCGUGAGGAGGGUACCCCCGUUCUCCUCUCCAAGUUUGAGCGCCACCUUCGCGGCAGAUUCCCCGAGGAGCAGGUCCAGGCCAUUCUUGCCAAGUCUGGCAAGGAUGUUGGUGAGCUCGACAUUGACGAGUACGUCGACCUUUACGUCAAGAAGAACUAA